CAACCUCGAGGUCCUUCUUCUCCAAGGAAAUCAAAUACAAGCUUUGCCACUUGAGUUAGGACUCGUUCCAAAACUGAGGGGCAUCCAGUUGUUGGGAAACCCCAUCAUAUUUCCUCCAAAUGAAGUGAUGGAGCAAGGUGUUCAGAACAUAAUUGCAUUCCUGCAGGAACAACAUAAUAUUCAGGCUAUCACAGAACCUUUCUAUAAGGGAACAGAAUUCACAGGUAUGUAACACAGCUUUGUAGAUUUCCAAGCAUUAAUGUCUCAAAGGAAAUAAUAAAAGCUUAUCACAAUAAGCUUGUACCCAUAUAUUUAGCUAAGUCUCUAACAGAGUAACAAAUAAUAAUGAUUAAUACUGAUGAUUACAAACAUCACAGCAACGUUACUUUGUUAUAUUUGUUUGCUUUCAUGGUCAUUCAGGUGACCCUCUUGCACAUGCUCUGCUGUCACACAAGUUCAAGUCAAAGUCUGGGACUGUCAGCCAGAGGAGAAAGUCCUCUGCAUCACACAAGUGGAGGGCAGCUUCUUCAAACCUUCCUGUGCUAACAGUGAAGAGUUACCACAAACUGGAUCUGCAGUCAGGUCGCCCACAACAAAGAACUUCUGCCCCCAUAUCCCAAUGCAAUCUCUGGGAUAUUCAACCGCCAGAAGAACCCAUUCUAGACAACAGCAAAGAUCUGCCAAACUUGACAAACAGAAUCCAAAGUGUUCGCAGCAAGGUUCUUCAGUUGAAGCUGCAAGAUGUUACUAGUGCUGAUACUGAAAGGUACUGGCAUCACUAUCACAAAAACAGUGCUUGUGUUGCAGUCACUGACAGCUAUGAAACAUGUAACCAACAUGACACUGUUUAGAUGGUUAACAAUGUUUCAGAACAUGCUGCCUCCAUCUUCAGUGCAGAAAUACAUAUAUUGUUCUUGUGCUCAGAAGAUACAAUUUCCUUCAAACCAUUGGCAUCUACCUGCCAGAGUAUCCAGUAUCAUGUCCCAUAAGACAAAGUAAAUUAUUCUUCUACCAUAAAGGCAUGAUAAGUGUGUUUCAGCCAUCUGUGUGUAUCAUUUACAGGAGUAGAAAUGAAGACAAGAUCCAUAUGAACCUACUGAAGGAGAUGUUCAUGAUGAAGAUCAAGGCAAUGCUGACAAAGCAGGCUGCCACCAUCCAAAAAACAAAAGAUGAGGAGACACUAAAGAAGUGGAGACAGAAUGGAAGACACAUGAACCACAAGCUAGAAUGUGGUGAACUGCCAUAUGACACUGACCCCAACUACACAACUAUGUUGUCACGAGUUGAGCUGCUAGACCCAACGAUGGCCAGGCAGCAGCAGAAUAAAGAAGCACAGAUCAAAGCUCUCAAGAAUGUUGGCGAAGGGACAACAGAAAUCUUCAAGUCUUUGCAGGAUCUGGAGAAUUCUAGGAAAGAUACUGACCUUUCCCCUAGAAGCAAGAAAAGCAUCAUCAACGCUGAAAUUCAAAUGUUGGAACAGCUGCAGUAUAAGCUGCAGGUCCUCCACUACCAGAAUGCACACCAAGACAUGGGAGUCCUGUCCCUGCCAGUCCAAGGACAACACAUCCGUAUUGAAGAGAGGAAGAACUCAAUAUCAUAUGGAUCUUAACAGGAAUCUGUUGUGAUUAUACGAACUAAAUAGAACUGGUUCAAAUGGAAAUGGAUCACAAUUUCCUUGUGUGUCAACAGAGGAUACUUUGUAUCAUGGAACUGGCUGAAACUAACAUACCCCAUUACAGGCAGUCAGACAUCUUGGUGACUGGCAUUCUGGAACACAUGAUGAUCUGAUUAGCUAUAAACUAUAAGCUUGAAAAUUUCAGAUUUCUUUUCUGCUUUUAUUCUUAACCUUAUCUCCUACAUGGGGGUUCACAGAACUGAAAUGUUCUGUGUUGGAGGGGCUAAAUUACAAAUCAGGGGCUUUACCUAGUGAUGAUAUUAAUCUUGAGACAAUAAAUGCAUGACUGGAAGCAUUUAUACUAUAAAAUAUUGUAGAACAAAACUUUAACCAGUUCUACAGUGUUAUUUACGGUUAUAAAAAUCACUGUUUCCAGAAAUGUUGAAAGAACUGUGAAACAACCAACACAAAACAUGUGAAACCCUGAAUUUAGGUCUGCCAGGGGGACAGGUUUUUAUAUCUUAACUGUGGGUUUUGGAACACAGAUGUUGUAUUUUAGCGUCCUGUUGCACUGAUCUUCAUCCAUGAUAUGUAAGCAAUGUCUGUCUUUUAGGGC